UUUCCUUUUCCUGUUGCCUGACUUACAACAGCAAUUCCUCUUGAUUGAACCCAUUUCACUCUGGCAAUCAUGGAUUUUGUUCUGCCUCACCUACUUUUCUUACUAAUUCUGUUACCAAUUUUCUCUAUUGCUCAAAAUAAUGGUAAUGUUACCACUGGAAACUUUCUCACAGCCACUAACAAUAGCUCUCCAUGGCUAUCACCUUCAGGUGAUUUUGCUUUUGGAUUUCACCCACUCAACCAGACGGAUCUCUUCCUGCUUUCCAUUUGGUUUGCCAAAGUACCAGAUAAAACCAUAGUUUGGUUUGCUAAAGAUAGACUAGAUACUAUUCCUGCACCGAGGGGAUCAAAAGUGGAGCUAACUGCUGACCUUGGGCUAGUACUUACUGGUCCUCAAGGGGAUGAGUUAUGGAGAUCUAAUAACAUUCUUCGUACAGUAGCCAGUGGUGUUAUGAGCGACACAGGCAACUUUGAGCUUCAUGAUCGCAACUUUAAUAAGCUAUGGGAAAGCUUCAACAAUCCCACAGAUACUUUGUUGCCUUCACAAAAUAUGGAUAUUGGAGGGGUGCUUUCUUCUCGACAAUCAGAGACACACUUUUCCAAAGGAAGGUUCCAACUACGGUUGAUUCCUGAAAAAGAUCUUGUGCUCAAUACCAUAAACUUGCCCACGGAUUUUCAAGAUAACUUUUAUUAUUCAAGUGGUACAAGUCAACCAUCGAAUCCUGGUAAACAACUGGUGCUUAACCAGUCAGGCGAUAUUUACAUUCUGAGAGAUGACAACCAAACACUUCCUCUAAGACAGGGAAAGCCAGAGUCAGCUGCUGAAUUCUAUUUCAGAGCCACUCUCAACUUUGAUGGAGUUUUCACGCUAUGUUCUUACCCAAAGAAUUCCAGUGCCAAUGGAAUCUGGACUCCAAUUUGGUCUGUGCCGGAUAAUAUUUGUGUUGCCAGUGCUGCAUUCGCAGGUAGUGGCACUUGUGGUUUUAAUAGCAUAUGCACCCUUGGAUCUGAUAAGAGGCCGAUCUGUACAUGCCCCAAGGGAUACUCCUUACUCGAUCCAAAUGACCCAUAUGGCAGCUGCAAACCAGACUUCAUUCAAGGCUGUGAAGACGACAAGCUAAGUCCUGGAAAAGAUCUUUAUUAUUUUGAAGUCCUAACAAAUACAUAUUUUAUAAACUCAGAAAACUACGCAAUCUUGAACUCUUAUACUGAAGAUCAAUGCAGCAAGUCUUGCAUGGAUGAUUGUAUGUGUGUCGUUGCUGUUUUUAAAGACGGUGAUACCUGUUACAAAAAGAAGCUACCUCUCUCUAAUGGGAGAGUGGACAACAGCAAAAUUGGCGGGAAGGCUUUUAUGAAAAUCAGAAAAAAUAACUCAAUUACACUUACGGAUCAUCGUUUGCCAAUUCCGGAAACAAAGAAGAAGAAUCAUGACAAUUUGAUCCUCAUGUGGUCAGCGCUUCUUGCUAGCUCUGUGUUUGUGAACAUUAUAUUAAUUGUUGCAAUUUGUGUGGGUGUUUUCUCUAUUUACAAUAAGAAGCUCAAAACUCCUAUGAGAAAUUUUGGUGCUGUGGAGAUGAAUUUGAGAUGUUUUACUUACAAAGAACUUGUAGAAGCUACAGAUGGUUUCAAAGAAGAAUUAGGUAAGGGAGCUUUUGGUGUUGUUUACAAAGGAGCUAUAGAAAUGGGUUCUAGUGUCCUAGUGGCAGUCAAGAAAUUAAAUAGUUCAGUUCAAGAUUAUGAGGGAGAGUUCAAGACUGAAGUGAAUGUGAUCGGUCAAACACAUCACAAGAAUCUUGUUCGUUUACUUGGAUUCUGUGAUGAGGGACUACACCGAUUACUGGUAUAUGAGUUCUUGAGCAACGGCACUUUGGCAAGUUUUCUUUUCAGAGACUUGAAACCUAGUUGGAAUCAAAGAAUCCAUAUUGCAGUUGGGAUUGCAAGAGGCCUUUGGUACUUACAUGAAGAGUGCAGCAACCAAAUUAUCCAUUGUGAUAUAAAGCCUCAAAACAUACUUCUUGACAACUGUUACAAUGUGCGAAUUUCCGACUUUGGAUUGGCAAAACUUUUGAGAAUGAACCAAAGCAAAACUCAUACUAACAUCAGAGGAACGAAAGGGUAUGUUGCACCCGAAUGGUUUAGGAACAUGCCAAUCACACCUAAAGUCGAUGUUUAUAGCUAUGGUGUCAUACUACUAGAGAUAAUUUGCUGCCGUAGAAGCGUAGAUAUGGAGAAAAUUGAGGAAGAAAAAGCAAUUUUGACUGAUUGGGCUUAUGACUGCUAUAGAGAAGGUGCACUAGAUGCUCUAGUUGAAUAUAAUGUGGAGGAAUUGGAUGACAAAGAGAAGCUGGAGAGGUAUGUGAUGAUUGCCAUUUGGUGUAUUCAAGAAGAUCCAUCUCUAAGACCUACCAUGAGGAGGGUUACGCAGAUGCUUGAGGGUGUUGUUGAAGUGCUCGUUCCACCUUGCCCGUUUCUGUUUAGUAGGACAGGUUAAUCCAACAUUAAAGAUUUACGAUAACUAUGUCUGUCUUAGUCUUUGCUCUCUAUUGCAAUAUGCAAUCAGAUCUUUUGGUUGUAGUUAAAUAUGUUUUUUGGUCUGUUUUAUAACGAUCUUUGUUAUAUUGGUUAAUGUACUCUUGGGUGGAUGAGGGCCGUAAAGAUAGAUGUAGCUGUAGAAGUUUGUUAAUGAAUAAAAUUCCUACGGAAUUUUUUUUUUUAAA